AUGUCCCAGACGAGCUUGGCGGACCGUAUCGCCCGACUGAACCUCGCCGAUGGUUCGAACUCGUCGUUGUCGGACAAUGGUGGGGCCUCGAUUUCAGCAAGCGCAGGCGCCUCGUCCCAGCUCCGCACCACAGGCGCAGUCGGUCGUAUCAGCGACAAGAUCAGUCGAUUUCAAGCCAACGCCGAGGAUGCCCCGCUCGUACCCCUUGGCUCGUUCGGUUUGGGUGGCGUGCGGCGUGAACCGAGCUCCGGCAUAAGUGGGGCCGCGAGCGACCGUCGAGUCGCCAGUCUGGGUCUCGGGCGAGCCGCUGUUCCUCUGGCUUCCGUCACGCCAAUUAGGAGCGUCAGCUCGGGUGUUCCUAGCAGUUCUACGACCCCCAAAAUCGGUGGAAGCAACCUCAGCACGAGGUCGUCCUCCCCUACCGCGACCUUCUCCCCGACCGCUCCUGGUCUUGCUUCAAUGACGAGCACGACCGACGCCAGCAGCCAGGAGUCGGCCGGUGGCGAUGAUGCGGGGUCGAGUGCUGGUACACCUACAUCAUCAAGGGCAUCGUCGCAGUACGGGGGCCUCAGCGCCGACCUCAAGUCGUCCUCGAGUGGCGGCUCGGACAUGUUGGCCCACGAUCGAGGCUUGUUCACACGGCACGAUUCUUCGCUCAGCGUCGCGAGCAGCGAGACCACCGCCGCCGGUUCCGAGUCCUCUCUCAACGUCGAGACAGGUAGUCUCAUCAGCGAGCUCGGCCCCGACCCCAAAAGCAUCACCAUCGCCGACUCGCUCACGGCCGGCGUCAACUCACCCCUGUCCUCCCCUGUUCUGUCGGCACUUGUCAACCCCGUCGAAAUUACCGUCGACGAACCCGAGGUCUCGUCCCGCUGGACAACGGCCGGUGGAUCACCUCGUGCCUUCAACAAGCCUCUCAAGGGCCCCCUUGAUGCGCUCAAGACGCCCUCUAGAUCGCAUUCGAGCGUGUCUGUGUCAUCGAUGCUCGUCGAGACGGGCAGCACCGCGAGUGAGGAUAGCGAUGGUCAAAGCACGACGAGCGGAGGACCCUUGACACCCCGCGCCGAGGACGAAGAGAAGCCGUUCCCGACGACCGUCGGCCCUGCAGACGAUGAGGAGGAGAGCUUGGGUAUGGCGACGCCGAACCGCAGCGAGCAGGACGAGGAGGCUCGAGAACAGGCGACCAAAGCCGAGUUGGAAAAGUACGAAGGCGAGGAGUUUGACGCGGUUGCUCCUCGCUUCGCGGAAGACGAGGAGCUAAAGUCUUCGGUCGAGACCCCGGCCCCGGUGGUAUCGGCUCAAGCGAGUGAUUCUUACGGCGACAUGCUCGACGACUAUGGCUCGCCAACGCCCGACGAGCCCAAGAGCCCCAUCUCGCCGAUGCCAGGAGGCAUGCCCAUGGUCAAGUGCAGCGAUUGCGGUACGAACGUCGAUUUGAUGGAGCUUGUUGACCACGUCUGUGAACCCGCAUCCUCGGCCUCGCCCUCUGCUUCCAUUGCGCAGACCCCAUCGAGCAAGUCGUUCCCGGCGCCUCCGAAAGUGUCUGCGCCACCCUCGGGUCGAAACGCCGGCGCCAUGACGCCUUCGGCCUCGCGUGAUGACGUUCGACGUGUCACGAGCGAUCGUUACGACUCGCCGUCGAGUUCACCGACGCGAACGCGCACCGAACCGAACGCCUUUAUCCCGCAGACCGAGAGCCUCGUCCCCGAUGACAUCCUUGACGCUUACGAUGAAGAAGACGACGACAUCAUGGACCCGCACGCCGCUCGUCCCGCUGCUGCGACCACGACCCAAUCUUCCGGCGCCGACCUGCCGGAUGAUGUCGGCCUUGAUCAUGAUUAUGAUGACCUUUCCUCGCCCGUCCAUCUGCCUCCUCACCCCUCUGUCGUUCAAUGCGAUGUUUCCGACCUACCCGAAGACGUCGACGAGGAUCCCGAUCCCCUCGCGAGCUCGACUGCAACACUCUCUGCGUCUCCAACGACGAAGACAAGCAAAUCCGACUCGUUAGGCCGAACAAAGUCGGCGCGACGCCGAGAAUCGCCCAAAAGCGUCUACGACAUGGUUGGUGGUGCGACGUACGACUCGGAAACAAAGUCGGCGCGACGCCGAGAAUCGCCCAAAAGCGUCUACGACAUGGUUGGUGGUGCGACGUACGACUCGGACGACGACUACGAAGGCGGCUCGGCGCAAAUCGUUUCGGUCACUCACGCGUCUCAUUCACUGACCAUCCCUAGGAAGUUAGGUCCAAAGCCCUAG